AUGGUGGCCAUGGCAUUGUUGGUUGCUCCUGCGUGUGCAUGGUGCGGCCACCACCAGACGGCAAGACACUUUUCUUCGAUCCCAAGAGCCUCCUCGCAUCAUCUUCCCAUCACCUACUGCAGCAACAAGUCGAGAGAUAACUUCUCUGUGCGCGCUGUUCAAGCUACCACCGCCGCCGACAUUGACGACCGGCCAAAUGGUUUGGUGGAAGAGGAAGCGAGUUUGGUUGAGUCGGCGUCUUCGGCUCUGGUAUUGGCAGACAGCGAGAUGGAUGUGCAAGAUUUGACGAAAUCGAUUCUCAACGGUAUAUUCCUGGCGGUAUGUUUCGGCUGGGCCGCCUAUACCAUUCUCACGAUUGAUGCGGGCAUGACGCGUGGUUGGACACAGAGUGAGAUUGCCAUGAGGAUACCCUUGGAUAACUGGUCCAACUACGAAAGCUCAUUGAUGGAAAAGCCCAUAUUCACAAAGACACUGAUUAAUGUUGUCAUCUAUCUUCUGGGAGACUGGCUCAGUCAAACUGUCUUUCAGAAGAAAGACGUACUGGACUUUAGCGUCUCCAGGACCCUCAAGAAUGGUUUCAUCGGACUGUGCUUUGGGCCCUUGGUACACGAGUACUAUCAAUUCUCAGAUCACAUCUUGCCUGUGGAGGGAGGUCUGGCCAAUCGCAUACAAAAGAUAUUCAUGGAUCAAACCAUCUACCUUACCGUCAAGUGUAGCAUUUACAUUUCGGCUGUGGGGCUCCUCUCCGGAGAUAGCUGGGAAACAUCCACACAAACAGUCAAAGACAAAAUUGGUGGCGUUGUCAUUACUGCCUGGAAGUUCUGGCCCCUGGUACACUGUAUCACCUACGGGGUUAUCCCGGCCAGGCACAGAAUCCUCUGGGUGAACUCGGUGGACUUGAUUUGGAAUGCCAUUCUGGCGACACAAGCACAAAAGGCACAACCUGAAACAGAAGAGGAAAGUGAGGCAGCGGCAACCAUCACCGCAACAGUACCAGCCGACAAACUGUUCUGCGCGGAGAAGAUGGACACACAUGAUGUAGAGAAUCCCCAACCGAACGAGGAAAGCGUGGAGUUGCUGCACAAACCGGAACUGACUAGUACCGCAAUCAAAGUCACCACAGAAGUCGCGGAGUCUGCUGGUGAGGGAUCACAACUUUCAGACUCGAUUGAUGCUAAGGAGGAGACGAACGCCAAGGCUUGA